UUUCGGAGCUUAGGAUUUAUCGUGAAUGUACAAAUUUUAAUGCUGGCGAACGAACAAUAUGAAUCGCAACGCCUUUUAUUCAACGUAUAUAUGCAUGGAAGAAAUAAGAAAGUCGAAACGAGCGAAAUUUCAUCGAAUUGAUCUUUCACACGGGUACGACUUGACCAAAUAAAAGUGGUUGAAAUGGAUGGAACAAGAGCUACGGAGGUUUUACCUUUGCUCCAAGAACGUCUGGCUAUUCUGCCAGGUGGUCGGGAUCGCAGGGGUGGACCAGUACUUGUGUUUCCUACUACAGCAAGACGCGAAAGAGCCAAACCUGAAGAUUACCGACGUCUUUUGCAAUACUUAUUGACCAUACCCAACGACGAAGCCAGAGGUUUACGCUUCACUGUCAUUGUGGAUAUGCGUGGUGCUACUUGGGAUUCUGUCAAACCCAUCCUAAAGGUGUUACAUGAACACUUUCAUCGAUCAAUUCAUGUUGCUUUCAUCAUCAAACCUGAAAAUUUCUGGCAAAAGCAAAGAACGUCAUUGGCUAAACAAAAGAAAUAUAAUUUCGAAAUAAAUACAAUAAGUUUAGAAGCUUUGACAAAGGUGAUCGAUCCAUCGCAAUUGACCGCGGAUUUAGAUGGAUCGCUACAGUAUGAUCAUGCACAAUGGAUUGACACGAGACUAGCCGUAGAAGAUUUUACGUGGCAGGCGGCUGAUCUUCUUGAUAGAUUGGACGACUUACAGGAAGAUCUGAGUCGAAAUGAUUUUGCGGACGAUGUGGCUGGAGCGAAACACGGGAUUGAUCUGCACAAUGAAAUGAAGAAAAAGAUUAUGAAAGUUCCAGUGGAAGAAAUUGAAGUUGUCGGUCAGCGAUUACUACAACGUUUUGAUAAUAGUAUAGCAGCGAGUAGUGGUGAAGGUGGUAGUAUAGAAAGCGGGGCAACUGGUGGCACCGACCCCGAUGGACGAGCUCUAGCAGCAUUAGUGAUUCAACACUUAGAAUCUGUGCACGCCGCGCAACAGCAUCUUUUACAGUUGUGGCACAUUAAAAAGAUGAAAUUGGAUCAGUGCUUUCAACUAAGGCUUUUUGAACAGGAUUGUGCAAAAAUGUUUGAUUGGAUUUGUCACAACAGAGAAGGAUUUUUGGCGAAUUAUGUCGAAAUUGGACGUUCUUAUCAACUGGCUAAAAAUUUGCAGGAGGAGCAUAAACAUUUCACUAUGAGUUCCAUGAAUGUCUACGUGAACAUAAAUAAGAUUUUAACCAUGGCCAGCCGUUUGCUCGAAACUCAACAUUAUGCUGCCGGACACGUUAGGGCAGUAGCCGGUCGACUAGAUCGAGCUUGGAAAGAAUUCGCAGCAGGACUUGAUGAACGUACCGCGGUCCUCAGUUUGAGCGUCGUAUUUCAUCAUAAGGCAGAGCAAUACGUCGAUAGCGUUGCAGGAUGGAGUCAAGCUUGCGAUGCUGGAAACUUACCUAAUGAAAUACCAAUCUUGGAAUCUCAUAUACGGCAACACCAAACUCUUUACGAAGCGAUGUGUCAAGCUUACACAGAGGUGCAUAGUACCAGUAAGAAGCUUCUUUAUCAACUGGAUCAUCUCGUGCAAGUCUGUAAUCAGCCGCAAGGGAUAGACCAUACGGCCAGAAAACAUAGUCAAGAUGGACACGGUAUCGAUGGACAUUCCGGUAUGAGCGGAAAUCCAGCAGCGGAUUAUAGCGAGGGUGCAUCGCAUGUAUUGGCGGUAAUCCAUCAAAUCUUGGGUCAUCACAGAGCGUUGGAGGCUCGUUGGCAUGCUCGGAAAGUCAAACUGCAUCAACGACUUGCGUUAAGAUUAUUUCAAGAAGAUGUAAAGCAAGUUCUGGAUUGGUUAACUAAUCAUGGCGAAGUUUUUAUUAGAAAGAAUACAGGUGUUGGUCGGAAUCUUCAAAAAGCGAGAGUGUACCAGAAAAGUCACGAACAUUUCGAAAAUGUAGCUCAGAAUACUUAUACAAAUGCUACUAAACUACUUACUGCUGCUCAAGAAUUGGCACACACUGGCGAGUGUGCUGCUGAUGAAAUAUAUGCCGUGGCGCAAGAAUUAGAAGCUCACGUUAGUAGCUUCGCGGCAAGAGUUGAACAGCGUCGUCGAAGAUUAGAUUUGGCGGUUGUGUUUUAUACGCAUGAAAAAGAGUUAACUGGUUGGGUUGACGAAUUGCGACAAGAAUUACAACAAGACGAAGUAGCAGAGAAUCUGGAAACUGCGGAAAGACUGUUGGAACAAUGUGCUCAACACCGAGCCUCCUGUAUGGAAGCUUGUGCAUCGACUAUCGUUCAGGGUGAAGCAUUGCUUCGAGAACUUCGAGAAUCUACCGAUGCUCCUGAUACUACGGGCUCUAUAUCUGCAGUAGAAGCUGCCUUAGACAGGUUAGCGGGUUUAAGGCAGGAAUUAGAAGAUUUGUGGGCUACAAGAAAAUUGAGAUUAGAGCUAUGCCUACGAUUGCGCGUGUUCGAAAGAGAUGCUUUAGAAGCGAGUGGUCAGUUAGAGAUGUGGGCGCAGGAGCUACAAGGUCCACCUCGGGAGGGUUCCCCUGAACAAUUGUUGCGUGUGCACAACGAUGGUGUUGCUCAUAUGCAGAAUACCGCAUUUCAGGUUUUGCAACAAGGUCAAGAACUCGCUCAGGUAUUAGAACAAGCAGGAGUUUGCAUAAUGGCAGACGGUCAACACAGUGCUGCAUCUAGAGUUCAAGUACUUCUCGAAUUUUUAAACGAAAGAGAAAUGGACGCGGAAGAUUUGGCGGAGAUGAGAAGAGUUCGUUUAGAACAAGCUUCUCAAUUGGUGCAACUACAAACUGAUGCUACACAUGUAGCCAAUUGGAUUCGCAAUGGAGAAGCUAUGUUGUUAGCUUCAUUGAGAGUUCCAGAAAAUCUGCAGGAUGCUGAGCAGCUUCGUUUAGAACACGAACAGUUCCAAGUUGCUAUAGAAAAAACGCAUACUUCAGCUGUUCAGGUCAAACACAGAGCAGAUGCGUUAGUAAGUGCGAAUCACUACGAUCCGAAGAGUAUAAGAGAAGUGGCAGAGGAUGUAACUAAGAGAUGGCAACAGCUAGUGACAUGUGCAGAAGAGAGACACAAGCUAGUAACUGCUAGCAUUAAUUUUUACAAGACGGCGGAACAAGUUCGCUCUGUAUUAGAUAGCCUCGAACGCGAAUACAAACGAGACGAAGAUUGGUGCGCUUCUGGUGAAAAGGCGACACAAGUGCCAACGCUUGUUGGAAAACAUCAAGAACAGAAGGAAGCAUUCUUAAAAGCAUGCACGUUGGUACGGCGGACCGCGGAAACAUUUCUCAAAUAUACAAAUCGCAGUCUUCAGUUUUAUAGUUAUCAAGCGAACAGCGCUGGCUCAGAGAAUAAAGUUAAAAGUAUUUUGGAAGAGUUGCUUAGUAAAGAAAAUCGUGUGCUGGAAUAUUGGACGCAGCGUAAGAAACGAUUGGAUCAGUGUCAUCAAUAUGUCUUAUUCGAGCGCAGUGCUAAACAGGCUUUAGAAUGGAUAAGAGAAACGGGUGAAUUGUAUUUAGCCACCCAUACUAACGUUGGUAAAAAUCGUAUCGAAAAUGAACAAUUGUUGCGGGAGCACAACGAAUUUAAGGGAGCUGCGAAGGAAACAAGAGAAAGGGUGAAACUGUUGAUCCAGCUAGCUGAUAAUUUAGUGGAAAAAGGACACGCUCAUGCAGCAGCAAUCAAACAAUCUGUUGCUGAAGUGGAUCAAAGAUACAAGGACUUUAGUACACGUAUGGACUGCUAUAAAAGUCAAAUCGAAGAAGAUCUUGGAAUUCAAUCUGACGAUGGCCAAAAAGAUCUUUCCAUCGAUCGCAAUUCCGAUCCUCUACUCGAAGAGAAGAUCAAGGGGAAAGAUCUGAAAGAAUUAAACGAGGAGAAAAGAAGAUCUGCACGAAGAAAAGAAUUUAUAAUGGCUGAAUUGCUGCAAACAGAAAGGACCUACGUGAAGGAUUUGGAAACUUGUAUUCGAUGUUUUUUGGAAGAAACGCGAUGCGGAAAAGGAAACGUUCCAUCUGGAUUACAAGGACGAGAAUCAAUAAUUUUCAGCAAUAUGGAAGAAAUUCAUCAAUUUCAUAGUAACAUAUUUCUUCGUGAGCUAGAAAAGUACGAAACUAUGCCAGAAGACGUUGGGCAUUGUUUCGUGACAUGGGCACCUAAAUUUGAUAUGUACGUGACAUACUGUAAGAAUAAACCGGAAAGUAAUCAAUUGUUAGUUACUCAUGGUGGGACAUGGUUUGAAGAAUUACAAAGGAAACAGCGAGUUGAACAUCCGAUCGCUGCGUACCUAAUUAAACCGGUACAAAGAAUAACAAAGUAUCAGUUGUUGCUCAAAGAUCUUCAGGCUUGUUGCCAAGAAGGACAGGGUGAGAUAAAAGAUGGGUUAGAAGUAAUGUUAAAUGUGCCUAAGAAAGCGAACGAUGCCUUACAUUUGAGCAUGCUGGAAGGUUGCGAUGUAAGAAUAGACACACUAGGCGAUGUGGUGCUGCAGGACUCUUUUACAGUGUGGGACCCUAAACAACUGAUUAGAAAAGGCAGGGAUCGGCACAUAUUUCUAUUUGAAUUGUACCUAUUGUUUAGCAAAGAGGUGAAAGAUUCGGCUGGAAAGGUGAAGUAUAUUUACAAAAGCCGUUUGAUGACCUCCGAGCUGGGUGUGACCGAACAUAUCGAGGGUGACGAAUGCAAAUUCGCGGUUUGGACAGGUCGGGCACCAACCAGCGAUACACGUGUCGUUCUUCGAGCUAAUUCGAUGGAUGCUAAGCAACUGUGGGUGAAAAGACUACGCGAGGUUAUUCAGGAAACAUAUUUCAGUUUAAGCAUGCCGAAGAGUCCUGCGAAAAAGAGUUCGAGUCAACGUUCUAGCAGGGAUCUCGAAGAAUGUGCUUCUCUGGACGAUAGCGUUGAGAAUUUAGAUAGAAAUUCCCUGGCAUCUUUUGGUUCCACCAACACCACAGAUUCCGAUAAGACUGGCGUAGCCGAAGUGACCUGGGUUAUCGCCGAUCAUUCCGCCGCGCCUGGAUCCAAGGAAUUGACGGUAACGAAGGGUCAACAAGUCGAGGUGUUGGAAAACGGGAGCAAUAUUAGCGGUGUGAAUACGUCCGAAUGGACCCACGUACGUUUACUGGUUGCCCCGGGACAAGUCGAUCCGCCGCCAGAGGGCCUGGUUCCUACUAGCGCGCUCAAACAACCUCCACCGGUUUCCAGUAAAACUUCACCGUCUAGAAAAGUUCCAGGACAGCAGCAGCAACAACAACAACAACAGCAGCAGCAACAGCAACAACAGCAGCAAUCUCAUUAUCAUCAACAGCAAUCGACCAGUCAAAUUCAAACUGCCGCGUCUAGCGGAGGCAUCACAACAGUAUCGUCUGGCACUACAGGAAUACCGGGAUCUUCAUCAUCGGUUGUGGGAACGGGCAUAGUAGCGAGUGGUGGGUUAUCCGCUCAAAAUGUGCCACCGAGUUCUAUAUUACCAGACGAAACAGAAAAUAUUAUCGCCGGCGCUGCUGCUGCCGCUGCGGCUGCUGCGGCAAACGAUGGAAGUGGUGCUGCGAACACAAAUUCUCCAGGCAAUAAAAGACGUGGCUUUAGCGGGAGAAAGUGGCUACCUCCACCGUUGCGUAAACUUAGCCAAGGUAAAGUGGAGAAAUCCCCAGCGACUACGACACCGACAGCGACAGCAACAACAGCGACGACGUCGACCGCGAUCUCGAUCGUGCAGACGUCUUGCGAACGAUCCUCUUUGAAAAAGAACGUCUCGGAGAAACGAUUUAGAUUGCCGAGUGGUGCCGAACAGUCUCGACCUUUGAGAAGCGCUUCUGUUUCCAUUUCUGCGUUAACAACCGCGACCGCGUCUAUGCGCGUGUCUACCUCCGUGUCGGAGGCGGAUCUUGACACGGAACUCGAGCCAGGACUAGAAGGAGCGGAAGAGGAGGAAGGAGAAACCGAGCAAUCGGAACCUGAGUUGGAAGAGGAUACGAUGCCGGAACCCGACGACACCGAGGCUUUAACGUAUUCCGAGCAAAAUGGGGCGGACGAUGCCGAGGAUGAAUUGGAACUUCCACCGCCGAUGAAACCAAUCACUGAACCGAUACUCGUGGCAACAGCUAACGGAUCAUCGGAAUCUGCAAUUGCAACGGAAAGCUGUGGAAAAUCUCUAACGUCUGAGCGGUCGGCAAAAAUUCUUGACGGUGCUACGACAGCCGAUUUAGCUGAGAUCGAACAGAUCGUGAAAGAAAGAAUGGAACAACAUACGGAAAAUCAAGAAAGACAAAGCCUGAUGCGGACACCCAGUGGUAAAAGUUCGAACGUUGGUAUCGGUGGGGACGAAGAUUAUGACGAAGGUACCCUGUCAACUGCGAUAACUAUCGCUGCUACUACGAUUGCGGCACCAACAACAGCAACGUCAACAACAACAAUGACAACAGCGGCGACGAUGGUAACGACGAUGGCGACGACAACCACCACCACAACGACCACAACGAGUAGCCCUGUUCACGGGACUCCGGAAGAGUGCGAUGUGGAAAGUGCAGUGUUAGCGAAACGACAAUUCGUUAUUCGAGAAUUGGUGGAAACGGAAAAAGAUUAUGUAAAUGAUCUAAAACAAAUAGUCGAAGGGUACAUGUCGUUGAUGCGAGAUCCAGAGUCCGAAGUUCCAUUGCCGGACGAUUUGCGUGGUGGAAAAGAUAAAAUGGUUUUCGGCAAUAUAGAAGCAAUCUACGAGUGGCAUAGAGAUUUCUUCCUGAAGGCGUUGGAACGUUGUUUGGAACGUCCGGAAGAGCUCGGACCGCUGUUUAAGCGAUACGAAAGAAAAUUACAUAUGUACGUUGUUUAUUGUCAAAACAAACCAGUCUCCGAAUAUAUCGUUUCCGAAUAUAUAGAUACCUAUUUCGAGGACUUGAGACAAAAGCUCGGACAUCGGUUACAAUUGUGCGAUCUUUUAAUCAAGCCGGUUCAAAGGAUCACAAAGUAUCAACUUCUUCUUCGAGAAGCACUAAGACUUACCGAACGAACUCAGAGAAUGUCAGAGAUCGAGGGGCUUACAGCUGCGGUUCAUGUAAUGCGCAUUAUUCCAAAAGCGGCCAAUGACAUGAUGGAUGUUGCGAGACUUCAAGGUUUUGACGGCAAGAUUACAGCGCAAGGAAAGUUACUGUUGCACGGACCGCUUUUAGUAUCGGAAUUUUCCUCGAAUUUACCGAGUAAGGAAAAAGAAUGGCAAGUCUUCCUCUUCGAGCAAAAUAUUAUUUUUAGCGAGGCUGUCGGCAAAAAGACACAGUUCACGAAUCCCGUCUACAUUUACAAAGCUCAUAUCCAGGUGAAUAAACUGUGCUUACAAAAUCCUUACGACGACCCGGAAAAGUUCAUAAUUCGCUCGACGGAUCCUCGAAAACCUGGCCUUGCAUUUUCUUGUAGCGCAGCGGAAGAAAAUGGGCCGCGGAAGCAGGAGUGGGUAGAUACGAUCACUGCCAUCCUGCAGACCCAACGUGACUUUCUUAAGGCGAUACAGUCGCCGAUUGCCUACCAAAAGGAACUUACCAAAGAUCCAUUUCGUGGCGUGAGUCCGGAUUCUCCGUGUCGAGGAAGUGUACUUUCAACGAUUUCAUCAACAAUACCGAACAUGUCUAAAACAAACGAGGAACGGAGAAAUGAAUUGGUCGGCGCUGCUGGUAGUACCAUCUCUGCUACUUCGAAAACAUUAGCUACAGCCGCGGCUGUAGCAGCGACAGCUACAGGAACGGGAACGGGAACGGCAACGGCAACAACAUCGAUAUUACACCGACCUCGUACCGCAGCUACGGAUCAGGAUUCCUCGCAAACACAGUCAAGCCCUAGCAAAAGCAGAUUGAAUUUUCUCGAGGGAUUUAGAAGCACCCUUCGACCUCGAUCGCCUGUUCGCAACAAUUCUAUUCCGAUCGUUCCAGGAAGCAGAGUAAGAUUAACCGCAGAUUGGGGGAAAUUACACGCUGGAGAAGAAUUGGAGAUCUUCCGUGUGGACGGUCCAGGGCUGAUCGUCUCCCCGGUAAUCGGGAUGAAAAAGGAGGAAUUCUGGAUUCCGGCGAGUCUCGUUCCGAAUUCAUCCAUCAGCCGCGCAUGGUCUUUUCGUCCGCGAAGAAUCGAUUCGGCGGAGGGUUCGGGAGAGAGCGUCCGUCUUCCGCAAGAUAUACACGCGGAAGAGAACGGUCCUCCCGCGAUCUUGACUAUUCCGUGUUCGAUCAGGGCGACGGCCGGUGGCGUGGCUCGGCUCGUGCUGGAAGCUCGUCGCGUGGAACGUGCGCUCGUCCGUUGGAGAAAGGAGGGGCAACGAUGUGACAUCAUCGAGGGAACCGAUCGAUAUCGACUUUUCCGAACGAACGAUUCCCUUUGUCUCGAAAUUGCUCCUUGCCUUCCCUCUGAUUCCGGGAUUUACCACUGUCUCGUCGAACAUGAAACGGGUUCCUGUUCAGCGAAAAUUCCCCUUCGUAUCAUAGGAAUCGAUGCGACCAACGCUUGGUGCGAUACAAUCGAGUGCAAUCGAUCCAACGGAUUCACGAUGAACGAGAUAACUUCGUCGAUCGUUGCGUUACCCAAUUCGAAGAAAAAAUUGACCAACGAUAUGGAAAUUGAACAGUUUACUAACAAAUAUAUCGAAUUGGAAGAAUUAGGAACCGGUAGAUUCGCAAGAGUGUGCUGUGCGAGGGAAAAAGGAUUCGAUCGAGAAGUAGCGUUAAAACAAAUAUCUCGAUCGAAGCAGCCGCUCUCGCUAACGCGCGCCGAAUAUGAUCUUCUCAGAAGUAUACGUCACGAUAAUAUUGUUCGAGCGUUUGCGCUCUUCGAGGAUACACCUCAACCGGAUAUCGAUACUAUCGUUUUGGAGCUGGUCAGAGGGUCGACAUUGUUCGCGUAUCUUGGCGAACAAGUUGAGUACACGGAAUCGACUGUCGCAAAAUACACCGGUCAAUUGUUGUCAGCGUUACAGUGGCUACAUUCGCGUAAACAAGCUCACUUGGACUUAAAACCGGAAAAUAUUUUGGUUGAUAGCGAAACUGGUAUCGUAAAAUUGAUAGAUUUCGGUGAAGCCAUCAGAGCGGUACCACUGGAUCAAGUAGUCCCUCCUCCCGUUGAUUUGGAAUUUGCAGCUCCGGAAUCGGUUCUCGGUAAACCAACGGGAUCCUACACGGACAUGUGGGCUGCCGGCGUUUUUCUAUACGUAUUAUUAAGCGGGCUUUCACCUUUCUUGGACGAUUCCAUCGAAGAAACUACCGCAAACAUACUUAAGUGUGAUUUUUGUUUUCCCGACGAAUAUUUCAACGAGAUAUCGACCGACGUGAAAAACCUUCUUGAAACAUUGCUGCGUUUACAUGGAGAAGACAGAGCAACCGCUCAAUUAAUUUUAUCAUCGCCUUGGUUUAAGAUAUCGAUUGGCGCGACCAUCCCUUCCUCUCGAAUGGUUGCGUUUAUCGAGCGCCGUGCUCAUCGCUCAAAAUCUCAUCAGGAUCGGAAUAGCAGUUUUUAUUCUUGACUCCUUGUCAGUAUCGUUUGCAAAAGACAUAUUUAUUGCUGAAUAACGUUAAAAGCUAUCAGCCGAAUUUGGCCGAUUGUAAAUAAUAAACAACACUUGCGAUUCGCUGUUGCAUUCGCACGCCUAUCGGCAAUCUCAUCUGUUGUGUGCUAUGCACGUUCUGUAUUAUUUACAUACAUAUAUAUUUACGCGUAUAUUAAAUCUAUACAAGCGCGCGCACACACGCGUAUGCAUACACACACACACAUAUUUCCCUCCCUCUCUUUACCUUUCGAAUAAAAUAAAAGAAGUGUAUUUUUUACAUUACAUUAUGUAAACAUAUUACAAUAUGUUACGUUAUGUAAAGCGCACGUCGUGACCUCUCGCGCAAGAAAUAAUUUACUUCUAUCGAUACGUUUCUUUAUAGAUACCAGUCAUAUGUUCGUUAUCACGAAUGUGUGAUCAAGUCACAUUACUGCUCUCUAUCCUCCGACUUUUGUACUUUUUUUUAUGUGAUUUAUUCAAUAUGACAGUUAAAUGAAAGAAACGAUAGAAUUACUUUAAAUGUUUAGCCACGUUACAUUGAUCCAAUUAAAAUAUACAUAUUCCUUGCUUUAGUUAAUAGGGAGUUAGGUUGAAGAUUCGACGUAACACGAAUGUGCACAAUGUGAGAUAUUUUAGUAGAGCGAUUAAUUUGGUAUUCUUAAAUUUUUCUUGAUAAUCACGAAAAUCACAUUGUGUCGACCAAUAAUAAUGGAUCGAAAUAAUGAAUCUUCUCUAUCGUUGAGAUGUUACUUUGCAAUAAAGAAAACGUUCACUUUA